UGCAUUAGACGUCGACCGUAGCAAUUCACAUUGUCGUUGUGCAAAUCUAAAAGUCCCUUACCUAUUGAUAACUGUUCAUUGUCUCCCUUGCUUAUAUAAGGCUAGACUUUGUACCCUCGGUGCUCCUGAAUACAACGCACGUUAUAGCGUACAACAAUCGUUCACGAAGCUUAAUAUUUCACUGGAGCCCGGAGACAUCUUUUCUAGCUAGUUUUCUUCGGAACUGCACAGCCUAGGUAGACAAGAUGCUCGAUGUCAUCCCGAAAGUCGCACUCGAUUCCUCUGAGGGCCAGCAAUUAUUGACAGAAUCUUUGAUCAAGCAAACUGUACUCAUCCGACUAUUCAACAAGCAACAGAAACAAGGAUUCUGUGGUCUUGCAUCAGCUGCGCAUGUCAUGAGCUCCCAGGUCCUAGCGCAUAAAUAUCCUGAUCCAUCCAUACACGACCAAUGCGACAUUACUGAUGUCCGCUACACCGAAGACAACAUAUUUGAACACGAAGAGACACGGUCAGUAAUUGGUAGUGCACAGUAUGUCCAACAAAAAAACGAAGGUACAUCCCUUAAAGAGAUCGGAGAUUUGUUGAAGAUGCAUGGAUUCGUCGUCGUCAUGAAAAGUGGAGAUGAGAGCGAUGUCGAUGAGUUCCGUCAAUUAGCCAUCGAAGCACUGUCCAGCACCGCUUCGGGGGUUAUUCUCAAUUUCCACCACUACUCGAAGGUGAACUGGGGACAUUUCAGCCCGUUGGGGGCGUACCACCAGAAGACUGAUCGCUUUCUUAUCAUGGACACGCGACAUGAUCACCCAUAUGUUUGGGUGAAGGUCUCUGAUCUUUACCCGUUAAUCAAUACAUUGGACCCAUUCACGAACCAGAGUAGGGGAUAUCUUAUAUCCAAAAGUAAUCUUUAAGAAGCCAACUGUGAUGAAGCUGGUGUAUUAAAACCGUUCGAGAAAAUGUUUAAACGGGACCUAAGCAGAGUAACGGAUCCAGAGUCAAUGCAAUUUUGUAAACGUCCUUCAUAAUUCUUUAAAAUUGAGUGUUCUGACAAUUCGUGAUCCUGAAUCUUUUAGGUUUUGAAAGCUCAGUGCUAUGUAAGUAAUAGUUGCGGAUGGGCAGGAGCCAGGGUCGCUGGUAUAUUAUCUUCUUUACUCUUACAUCUCUCACAGUUCUGGAACAGAAUGAAUACAAAAAAUGGAUCUAGACAUAAGGUGAAAAUAAGAACUGAUUCCAUGCCGACAUGAUUUUCAUCGAUCUGCAGAAAAAUAUAAAUUUUACUUUUCGGUCUAUAAAGCAGAGGCGUAAAUCUAUCUUGAUUACAUUUAGACAGUACGCCAAUGGAAUACACGUCAAUGACUCUCUGUCAAGUUGGGAGGAGCGUGUACAAUGUUCAUAUUUAUACAUUUCAUUUCUAAUAAACUCUUUCUUCUUUCUCGAAAGAACCAUUCACAGCUUAAGGACCGAGCAGCAGAUUAUUUUACAAUGGAAACAUAGUACAUGUAACAUCAGAUAUUUAGAAAGUAGAAAAUCCUAAGAUGAUGCAGAGAUAGGAUAAACGUACAGGUUUAUACAUUCACUAAAAUUAAAAAUGCAAUACCAUAUAUAUUGUUGAGUUGAAAACAGUCUGCGACAUGAGUUGAAUUAAUUAUUUUAGUUGAAUUGAAUAUGCUUUAGCUGAGUGAAAAACCUGCAGUGUAACGUAAUUAAUAUCAAGUGGAUCUCCAAACGUGAAUAGUGAUGGCUCAAACAAUUGAAACUUCUCCCAAGGAGCAUAACAUUCAAUGCUAUUGUCCUAAUGGCAGACUGAUGGAUAUUAAUAAGUCAGAAUGAGUUGAGUUGAGUUAAUUGAUUUUACAUUUCACAUGCGGAAAUAAUACGGAUAACAAAAUAUACAUAAAAGACAUAUUGUUUCAUGAUUUAAAAAAAAUGAUUAUAUUAAUUGAAUGAGUCCGGAGAGUUGAGAGAUUUGUUUUCAGUUCAUUAUGACUGUGCCAUUGACCAGUUAUGGCCUGGUGGUAGAGUCACUUCCUAGCAAGCAGCGGAUGGCAGGUUCAAACCCCUCUGGUUACAAGGCAUUUCCCUGACUGACUUUCAAUUACAAGAUCGAGCACGCGAUCUUUAUCUACUAAGUCAAAAAUAUCUUUACAACGAAUGAUAGAAAAAGUAACAUAUAACAAAGUCAUGCUUACGCACUGAAGGGUCACUGCCAGGCCACGAGUGUUUUCCUGAAAGUGUCACUUCAUCAAGGCUAUUGAGAUUGACACCCUUAUAUACACAGAUAAAGUUUCUAACGGAAAUACAGUCGAACUUUGUCUAUAAAAGGCCAAUCAAGGAAAAUAGAAAAAGUGGCCACUGUAGACAGAUGGCCUUUUUUUGACAGGUUCUAAAACACACAUUUAUUUCUCAAGAGAGACAACCUACCCGGGCACUACAGACAGGUGGCCUUCAUAGAGAGGCGGCCACUAAGACAGGUUUUGACUGUAUUGUGUUAUGUACUCUUAAUCAAAAUAGGUAGAUGAACAAUCGAGACAAUUGACUUGUUAUGUACGCUUUUAAAACUCUUUGUAAUAAGAUUCCAAAGCAAGUUGGUUUCGCACGGCGCAGCUACAAGGCCAAAACAAAACAAAACAA